GGGGAGACAGAGCAAACGUGAAACAUGCGGUUACUACUUGUACUUAAACAUAAUCAAACCGCCACCCAAGUCAACAUGCAAGGGAAAGGAAAAUUGCAAAGUGAGCUGAUUUAUGAUAACUUUAUUAUACAUGGUUGAUCCAUCUAGGAUUUUCGUAUCUCUCAUUGGAGUGGAUUGAACCAAAAAGAAAAAAAAAACAGAGGCAGCAAUGAAAAACGAAGAACAAACUCGUUUUUUGUUUGGGAUUUCGCUUUCUGAUAUACCUAAAUGGAAGCAGUUUCUCAUUUGCUCUUCUGGGUUCUUCUUUGGUUACCUUGUCAAUGGCAUUUGCGAGGAAUAUGUAUACAAUAGACUCCAGUUCAGCUAUGGCUGGUACUUCACAUUUGUACAAGGGUUCGUCUACCUUUUUCUGAUUUACCUUCAAGGUUUCAGUCCAAAGAAAAUGGUGAACCCAUGGAAGACUUAUGUGAAACUCUCUGCUGUUCUCAUGGGCUCUCACGGCCUCACAAAAGGGUCUUUAGCUUUCCUCAAUUACCCAGCACAGCUCAUGUUCAAAUCCACCAAAGUUCUUCCAGUGAUGGUAAUGGGUGCUUUCAUACCUGGUUUGAGACGAAAAUACCCACCACACGAAUAUGUUUCUGCAAUACUUUUAGUACUGGGUUUGGUCCUUUUCUCCUUAGCUGAUGCACAAACUUCACCAAGCUUCAGUGUAAUUGGUGUAAUAAUGGUGAUUGGUGCUCUUGUAAUGGAUUCUUUUCUGGGUAAUUUGCAAGAAGCUAUCUUCAACAUGAACCCUGAAACAACACAGAUGGAAAUGCUGUUUUGCUCCACCGUCGUUGGUUUGCCAUUAUUGAUCCCACCCAUGGUUUUAACAGGAGAAGUAUUCGAAGCAUGGAAUUCGUGUUCUGAGCAUUUGUAUGUGUACGGCGUCUUAGUGUUUGAAGCCAUGGCUACGUUCAUCGGACAAGUUUCAGUCCUCUCCCUCAUUGCCAUUUUUGGAGCAGCCACUACAGCAAUGGUAACAACUGCGAGGAAGGCAGUGACAUUACUGCUGUCUUACAUGAUAUUCACAAAGCCAUUGACCCAACAGCAUGGGACUGGGCUUAUACUUAUAGCUAUGGGGAUCACCUUGAAACUCUUGCCGGUUGAUGUCAAGCCGGUUUACAAAAGAGUCUCGUCUGCAAGUGGAAGCUCUUCAAAUGGUGGGCAUGAAAUUGAAGAAGAGGAAAACCCCAUGGUCUAAAACUUGAUUAUUAAUAUUUACUACCAUUGCUCUUUAUGUUUCUUUUGAAAUGUUACGUUAAACCAUGACUUUCAUUUUAACCAAAAAUUAAACUAUCAAAUAAUGUUUCAA